UCGGUUAGGUCUGGUGUCUAAUUGGGUUCCAAAACAAUGAACCAGAGGGCAGUCAAAGCAACAAUCUAGGGAACCGAGAGGAGGACUGGAGGAGGAGUGGAUGUGAGAAGAAACAAGAGAGCAGAACACUUUGCAUGCCUGCAGACCUCUCAAUCGAGUGAACUCCCAGCAAAAUGAAUGCGAAGAAACCACAAACCCAAAAGAUCAAUUGCAAUCAAAAGAAGAGAAGCAACACCAGCUUCCCCAGCAUCAGUAUUCAAUGCCUCCCCUCCUUUUUUCUCCACCUACCUAUAAAACCCAUCAUCAUGUGAGAAGAAGAGGAGGAGGAGGAGGAAGGGGGAAAAAAGGCAACAAAGAUAAAGAAAAAAAAAAAAGCAGAGCUCCAUCCUCAUUGCUCCUCGCCCACAUGCAGGGAAUUCUAUAAUAACACCUGCAGAUUAAUUAAUGGCGGACUAAUCUCCCAUCCCCGUUCUUUUAAUUUAUGUAUCGGAAGAUGAUGCUUUGGAGGAGGAAGAAGAAGACGACAAGCAUGCGAAUGUAGGAGGAGGAUCUUACUUGUGUCCGCUUCAGAUCGAUUCUAUGGCUGCUUCUUGGGGCUGCAGGGCGGCGCAAGUUGUUGCCUUUCUUGCGAUUUUAGUGCUCGCGGAGGCUGCGGCGGCGGCGGCGGCGGAGGCGGAGGGGGGGAACGACACGGCGGUGCGGUCAGGCGAAGAGCUGCGAAAGUAUCGACGAAUAAUAAGAUCGCAACUCCGGAAGAUUAAUAAGCCUGCUAUCAAGACAAUCCAGAGUCCUGACGGUGAUCUCAUCGACUGCGUUUCGACGCACCUUCAGCCGGCGUUCGAUCACCCGGUUCUGCAAGGAUCGGAAGCAGUGGUGGAGGAUCCGCCGGAGAGGCCUAAAGGAUACGAAACUGGCGGCGGCGGCGGAGGAAUACAGCAGCUCUGGAGCGGCGGCGGCGAGACGUGCCCGGAGGGCACCGUGCCGAUCCGGAGAACCAGGGAAGAAGACAUACUCCGAGCCAGCUCGGCGAGGAGCUUCGGCAGAAAGCCCCCGGCUCCGGCGGCCAGCGCGGAACGAGAUUCCGUCGGCGGAAGCCAUGAGCAUGCAGUAGGUUAUGCUGUGGGAGAAGAACUUUAUGGAGCCAAAGCAAGCUUAAAUGUGUGGGCUCCAAAGUUGAGUUCUUCUUCCGAAUUCAGCUUAUCGCAAAUUUGGGUCAUCUCUGGAUCCUUCGCCACUGAUCUCAACACCAUCGAAGCAGGGUGGCAGGUGAGUCCGCAGCUGUAUGGUGAUAACUCUCCUAGAUUUUUCACUUAUUGGACAACAGAUGCAUAUCGAGAAACAGGUUGCUACAACUUACUAUGCUCGGGCUUCGUCCAAACAAGUAAUAGAAUUGCAAUAGGUGCUGCAAUAUCUCCAGUCUCAACUUAUAAUGGCAAGCAAUUCGAUAUCAGUCUCUUGAUAUGGAAGGAUCCAAAGCAUGGGAAUUGGUGGCUGGAGUUUGGUCCCGGGGUGCUGGUGGGCUAUUGGCCAUCCUACUUGUUCAAUCACCUCGCGGUACAUGCCACGAUGGUGCAAUUCGGAGGUGAGAUCUUCAACACUCGCCCGGCCGGCGUCCACACCUCCACUCAAAUGGGCAGCGGGCAUUACGCUGAGCAAGGGUUUAGGCAGGCGGCUUACUUUAGGAACUUGAAAGUGGUGGACUGGGACAACAGUCUCAUCCCUGCAGCAAACCUAAAGGUCAUUGCUGAUCAUCCAAAUUGCUAUGACAUUCAAGCCAGAAGCAAUAGUGUCUGGGGAAACUAUUUCUACUUUGGAGGGCCAGGAAGGAGCACCAGAUGCCCUUGAGUAUAGUACAAACUUUGAGGAAUUAAAACUAGUAUUUUCUUUAUUUUUAUUUGUUUUCAUUAGUUUGAUUCAGUUUUACUCUUUAAUUGUAAAAUUUUGGAAAAGUUACAGUGGAAGAAUACAUCAAUUUUGUGAUCCUUUACUCGUAAUAUAA